GGUUGUGUAAAGACAGGUCGAAAGUCAUCAAAGCCUUUGUAUCAACAAGUCGAGUGAUUUUUUGAAAUUUAAAAUUUAUCAGUUUUUGAGUACAAGUUUUCGGAAGAAGUAAAUUGCGUCCAUCAAAAAUGUCACUGUUUUGUGAUGAAAAGUUCAAGUUUUUACAAAACCAUCCAUUUAUCGCAGAAAUUGAGGAAAACUGUUUUGUUGGUUAUGUUGCCGGUCGAUUCAAGCUGCAAAUUAUUUUACCAGAUUUCCCGCAACUUGAUAAUAUGAAAAUUGCUGUUUUCGAUGCGUUGCAAUUAGUGAACACUGAACAGGUUUCCAAAAACGGCACACUCGAUGAAUACAUGGAAAAUUUGAUAAACUUCCUAACUGGUCGAACCACGCCACCAGCGAAAGAGUCCAAUCCGGAUGCUUCCGCCAUCCUGGCCAUCUUGAGCCAACUUGAACAGCUGAAAAAGGAGCACCAUUGCCCAGUCCACAUCAACAGCUCGCUUUCGCAGCUUAAAUUAUCCAGAUUCAAAGGGGACGAUCAACAUUUUUUAGAAUUGGCACGAGCCUCCGAAACGACCUUCUCGGUCAUUUCGCACAGCCUGCCGGAUUUGGGUUCGUCCGUGGAGCUCUUCAUGUACCCUGCGGCACCGGAAGCGCACACCACGCAAUUCGUGCGUGUUUUAGAGCAACUCGAUGAAUUCUACAGCAACCUCAACACGCUCGAUCAGCUUUGCUACGUGGUAGAUCCGACGGAGGUCGACACGCGCCUCACAUGGCGCAUCAUCAAGUUCAGCCAAAAGGUGUUCCUAAAGAUUACGCUGCACCCUCUGCAGCCGUCCUCGAUCGAGGUUGCGUUCAUCGGGCCAACGGACGAGAUUGAACUGCUGCGAGAGCAGUACAACGGCAAGCUGGAGGACUGGGAUCCGGACAGCGACGUGUAUACGAACAUGCUGCGAAUAUUCGAGAUCAUGUCAUUUCCGAUGCGCACCGAGGACGAGGCGGACGCGAUCGACUGUGGCAUCUGUAUGUCGCACCGGGACGAGAGGGGCAAGAUUCCGAUCGUCAGCUGUGACAACGAAAAGUGCUCGCUGGUGUUUCACAUCGAUUGUAUGAAGCAGUGGUUCCUAUCGUUGAAGGAAAGCAAAACUUUCUUCGCCAUAUCCAUCGGAACGUGUCCUUAUUGUAAGCAAAAGUUGUCAUCGAGCUUCGAUAUUUUUUUUUUUUUUUUUUUUCAUAAAAUUAUUUUUAUUAGGUCCUUUUCGGUACUGGGACCUGGUUAGGACCGAGUCGGCUU